UGUAAAUAAACAACGGUAGCUUUAGAAUCGCAAAAAUAAAAUAUGAAAGGAACGUGUAAUUUUUACCAAAAAUGGAAAACGAUCGAUUAGCGAUUGUUUACGUUGCAAACGAAGAAAAAGAAUUGACUUUUACAGUUAAAUAUGGUCAAACAAUUGAAGAUCUCUAUAUCAAGGUCUGCAAAUCUGUAGGAAUAGGACCAGUGGCCAGACAUCUUUUUGCUCUUAGAAAUCAUUACACAAAACUUUGGUAUCCAGUAGCGCAUCGUUUAGAAUCAAAAGACAAAAAUAAAUUUGACUUUAGACUCAGAUUUAAACCUUCAAGUUUACGCCGGUUAAAACAGGUAGAUGUAAAUGCCUAUGACUAUUAUUUUCAACAGGCACGUUCAGAUGUUAUGGACAAUAAAGUACCAGAUAUUGUGUAUGAGACACAUAAACAAGAACUUAUUGGCCUUGGUGUCAGUGAUAUGUAUAGGGUAAUGUUAGAGAAAAAAGUACCACGAGAAACAGUGGAGUCAGAAUACAGAAAAUACAUUCCAAAGGAAUGUAUAAAGCGUCAUGCUUUCUUUAUUAAAAAACCAAUUCAUAAUGCCCUUCGUAAGAUUUCUGGAUAUGAUGCAAACUAUGUUAAAGAACAGUAUCUGAAACAAUUUGAGUGUAUGGCACCAAACUAUCCAUAUGAAGAAUAUGAAGUUUUGAUGGAUAAAGGUCUCCAAACUCCUCCAACAAAAGUGACUUUGAGAGUUAAUGUAGAUGCAGUGAAAUAUUGUGAAACAAUUGCUACUUCUUGGACUACAUUGUGUGCAAUUGAAGAUUUAUGUUUUGUUUCUAUAAGGCAAGAUAAUACAGUAGAAAUUUCGAGAAAAAAUGGUAUACCAUCAUACCUGAAAUUUGCAAAGAAUGCACUUUUAAUAUCUUUCGUUUCUGCCUUGGAUGGAUAUUAUCGUCUAGCAAUUAAAUGGACAUUUAAUUUAUGUGGUGAAAUUGUUACACCUACUUUGGAAAAACUGCAUAAACUCAAAUGUCAUGGUCCAGUUGGGCAAGAAUUCUCGUACGCGAAACUUCAACAGAAACGUGCGAAUAAACCUGGCUCUUAUUUACUCAGAGAAAGUGAAACGGAAUACAAUGUAUAUUUCUUAGAUGCAUGUAACAAGGAAGGAAAAUUGUUUACAAAAAAAAUAGAAGAGAGAGUUGACGAGUUUGUUAUUACUGGUAUUUCUGGUCGUUAUAACUCAUUGGCACAAUGUGUUGCAUCUUUCAAAAAUUCUGAAGGACAUUCAUAUCUUACAGAAUGUUUACCACCAUCAGAAUAUGACAAAUCUUCAUUAUUACUAUGUGCUCCUGAGAGUGCAGUCAGUGAAGUUGCAGCUGACGAAGAAAUAGUUGCUUCAGUUUUAGAAACUGGACCACGUUGUGUACCACGAAAUCAACUUGAAAUUUACAAGCCAUUUUUAAGAGCUACAGGAAUUCAACAUUUCUCGGCAACAGCCCUUCACAGAGGAAUUUGGAGAUUAACUAAGGGAAAGAAAUUGGAGGUUGCAUUGAAAAUUUUGAAACAGCAAGAAGAAUCGAAUUACACCAAAGAAUUUCUAGAACUUGCCGGAAAAUGGUCUCAACUGCGUUCUGGGACACUUGUAAGGUUAUACGGAUUAACAGUCACACCAAUGAUUGGAAUGGUUUUGGAAUUGGUACGACAUGGUCCACUCGACGAAUAUUUACGUAGUUCUUCUUCGCAAACUAUUAAAACUGUAGAUAUGGUAGAAGCAACAGCUUGUUUAGCUACUGCACUUUGGCAUCUUGAAGAAAACGGCGUAGUUCAUGGUAACAUUAGGUGCAAUAAACUCCUAGUACACGCACACACUAAUAACAGUUUCGUAGUGAAACUUGCUGAUCCAGGAUUAUUUGUAUAUACGGAGACAGAUAUUCACUGGCUGCCUCCAGAAAUUUAUAAUGAUCCAGAACUAGCGAGACAUAGUUUCCAAGCAGAUGUUUGGGCUGUUGGAACGACAAUUUGGCAAAUCUUCGCUAGGGGGAUUACAUUAUUAGACUUUCGAAAUGCUGCUUCUAUGAAGAAAUACUAUGAAUCUGGAAAACGUUUACCUAUUCCAAACAGAUGUCCUACAGAAGUUUAUAGAUUAAUGCUAGAAUGUUGGGGAGAUUUGAGUGGUUCUAGAAAACAACCACAGGCCAUUAUGAGAGAUAUAAAUCAAAUUUUAUAUCAGGUCUACAAUUCUCGUAGAAGUCAUGCUUAUGCAACAGCUUUUCCUAAACUGUUUAGUUCUGAAUUUAAGAAAUAUGAUGAAGAUAAUUCAGAUAAUGCUGAUAGUGCAUCAAUAAACAGUGAUUCAAUAUCUAGUAGUCUGGAUACAGAAAAUACAAGUCUUCCUUGGAACGAUACUGAUGGUAGUACGCAAGGUUUAAUAAAUAUCAAUGAGAACUACAUAGGUAGCACAGAAGAUCUUUCUGCAUAUUUUGGUUGGUUAUCGAGUGCAAGACGAGACUCGGAAGGUUGUUCAAUCUCUCAGAACAGCAUUUCUAAUAUGAAUCCCAUUGAACACUCCACUCAAACUCUUCGAAUAGGACAUCCUGGCAACUUGAGUGAGGUAAUAGGAAGGAAUGAACCAGGAACAGGAGAAGAUUGUGGGUCUAGAGGAAGCAGUAAUGGUUCUUUAGGUCAAUUGAGAGGCAUAUAUGAAUUGGACAUAGAUUGCAAUGUAAUUUUGCAAGGCAGAAUUGGUCAGGGUUUUUAUGGAGAAGUUUAUAGAGGUAUUCUUGAAAGAGAAAACGGGAAGGAUAUAGAACCGCAACAAGUUGCUGUAAAAAAAUUGAAAACCAGGGCACUUGAAGCUGAUAUACAAGACUUCGAAAGAGAAAUUGCCAUAAUGAAGACUCUAAAACAUCCGAAUGUAGUGGAAAUUCUUGGAGUAAUAUCAGAGCCAGAAGUUUGUUUAGUAAUGGAGUAUGUGAAACAUGGUUCACUGCAAAGUUAUCUAGCAAUUCACAAACAAGAACUGACACACAGAAGAUUGUUGGGUUUCGCAUUGGAUAUUGCAACGGGAAUGGAUUAUUUGGGUAGCAUGCGCAUUGUUCAUAGAGAUCUUGCUGCAAGAAAUAUUUUAGUUGCUGAUGAAAGUAAAGUUAAAAUUAGUGAUUUUGGGUUGGCCCAAGUUACAGGGAAGAACGAUUAUUAUAUUUUGCAGACGGAUCGUGGACUUCCUAUUAAAUGGUAUGCACCUGAGAGUAUUAGGGAUGGAAAAUUUUCUACUCGAUCAGAUGUUUGGUCUUUUGGUGUAACAAUGUAUGAAACGUUUGGUUUUGGUGAAGAACCUCGUUUACCUGGAGUUGACUCAAGCACAGAGAGUCUUCAAAAUGAUCAAGAGCAAGGAAGUACCGAACUGUUAGCUGCAUUAGAAAGAGGCACGCGUCUUCCCUGUCCUUCCACUUGUCCACAAGCUAUUUAUGUAAAAAUUAUGUAUCCUUGUUGGCAUUUGCAAAGUCAUGAAAGACCAGAUUUUGCAACUCUUUGUAAAUAUAUCAGAGACCUCCUUGCUGAAUACUAAAAACUAAACCUAAUUUGAAAAGAUGUAAAAAAGAGUAAAGUAUAUUAAUAUGUU